AUGAGAGGAUCAGUGGGCACGAUAGGAACACCGACUUCAUCAAUGUCGUUGACGAGAAUGAGUGAUUAUGAUUAUGAAGGGAGCGAUCAGUUAUUAUCCAAAUUGAAGAUACAGCAAUUAUUGGGCCAAAUCGAUCCUAAAGAGAGACUAGAGCCUGAAGUUGAAAAUAUAUUAUUAGAGAUAGCCGAUGAAUUUAUAGAAUCAGUUGGUUCUUUUGCAUGUCUUUUGGCCAAGCACCGGAAGUCUGAUACACUGGAAGUGAAAGAUCUCCAAAUUCAUCUCGAACGUAAUUGGAAUAUCCGGAUCCCAGGCUUUGCAUCAGAUGAAAUACGAUCGGCUCGCAAACCAACGACCGCCACUGCCCAUCAAAAUAAAAUUGCAGCAAUAAACGCACACAAGGCAACGAAAGCGCAAGCAACACAAUUAACCGGACAAUCUGCUAAUCAAGGGCCGAAUCAGUCAGGUGAUACAAGCAACGGUGCAAAUCUGAACGUUGUAAGUAGUGGGAAUGGGGGCGGCGUGUCAGCAGGUCGAAGUGGUGCCGCGGUUGAAUAA